AUGAAGAAUGAACAUUGCCACACUGCACAGGACAACACUAAUUUCAAGCCAAGGAUUCGGGCAAAAGAGAUGGGUAUGAUAUUCAUGGACAAAAUAGCAGGGCAGCCCAAUAUCCUCCCAAGGAGCAUAUGCAAGGACUUCGAGCUUGCGUUCCAUACUCCCCUAACUUACUCGCAAGGAUGGAGGACUAGGGAACGUGCCCGUGAGUUGAUAAGUGGGCCGGUAUCCAUGACGUAUCACUUAGUGCCGUGGAUUUGUCAACAUCUUAUAGAAUCAAUUCCCAACACGAAGGCAGUUUGGAGUUCUUCUGAGGAUGGCAAGUUCAAGCAACUUUUUGUCGCUUAUGGUUGCAGCAUUACGGGAUUCUUGGGGGGAUGUCGCCCGAUGUUGUUUAUUGAUGCAUGUUUUUUGACUGGUCCAUAUCGCGGUAGUUGUUUGUCUGUAGCUGCCUAUGAUGCGAAUGAUCAAUUGUACCCUCUUGCAUAUGCUAUUGUAUCAUCAGAGAACUACGAGGAUUGGUUAUGGUUCAUGCAUAGCCUGAAGGAAAUUGUUGCCGGAAAGGAAGUUGUGGUUGUGACAGACCGUAAUCCUGGGUUGUUGAGGGCAGUUAAGGAAUUGUUUGGUGAGGAAUGCAAUGCAUGGUGUGUUCGCCUCGUGAAGGAAAAUUUUAGCAAGUUUGCCACCGGAAAAGGAAUGAAGGGGAACCCCAAGAAGACGGCGUUGCAUCUUUUCACAAAAAUUGCCUAUGCAUGUGAUGAGCGGCUAUAUGGGGUGUACUUGACGAAAUUGUUUGGGCUAUCACCUGAGUUGUCGAAGUGGGUUGAAGAAAAUGGUCCACAACACUGGUCGAAUGCGCGAUUUCCGUAUCGGAGGUGGGACAAAUUGUACACCAACAUUGCCGAAAGCUUCAACAAUUGGAUAUUGAAAUUGAGAGACUUGGACAUCAUCCAAUUCAUGAAGGGGCACGUUACCAUCACCACUAACAUGUUAUAUAGGCAUAAGAUGGAGGUGGGUAAAUGGCAUCCCUUGCCGGUUGGUCGUAAUAUGGACAAAAUGAUUAAGGAAUCUCAGGAAAAAUCUCGAGGUCUCACUUGUCGACCCACUUCUCCCACAGAGUUCAUCGUCUCUGCAUCCGACUGGAAAUCUCAUGCGGUCAAGCUCCAUCCCUUUUACUGCAGUUGUGUGCGUUGGCAGAUGAAAGACAUCCCUUGCAAGCAUGCGGUUCGUGCAAUACAAGGUUCGUCGUACAAUAUAUAUAACAUGUGGAUCCUUUCUAUAAGGUCGAGGCACAACUUCUUAUUUACACGACCGUAA